UUCACCCUCCUCUCUAUGAUCGCUGUGUCUCUCCGGCCCGCGGGGGUCGCUCUGUGCCCCCGGCCUCUUGCGUCACUUUAGGCGCCGCUGCGGCCUCUGGGCCUGCCCGCCCCUAGCGCCCGCCCUGGCUGUGGUUGACCUGGCCUCCCCGCCUCUAGCGCCCGCCCUGGCUGUGGUUGGCGGCCCAGGCUCCCCCUUACAGGCUCCCGAGAUCCCGCCCAGGCUGCCCUGACAGCCGCGGGAACAGCGCGGGGGGAGGCAGCAUGGGGAAAAGCUGCAAGGUGGUUGUGUGCGGCCAGGCCUCCGUGGGGAAAACGUCCAUCCUGGAGCAGCUGCUUUACGGGAACCAUGUGGUCGGCUCUGAGAUGAUCGAGACGCAGGAGGACAUUUACGUGGGCUCCAUUGAGACAGACCGGGGUGUGCGUGAGCAGGUGCGCUUCUAUGAUACGCGAGGCCUUCGGGAUGGCCUGGAGCUUCCCAAGCACUGCUUCUCCUGCACAGACGGCUACGUGCUGGUCUACAGCACUGACAGCAAGGAGUCCUUCAAGCGGGUGGAGCUCCUCAAGAAGGAGAUUGACAAGUCCAAAGACAAGAAAGAGGUCACCAUCGUGGUUUUGGGCAACAAGUGUGACCUGCAGGAGCAGCGCCGGGUAGACCACGACGCAGCUCAGCACUGGGCCAAGGGCGAGAAGGUGAAGCUGUGGGAGGUGUCUGUGGCUGACCGGCGGACGCUGAUCGAGCCGUUCAUCUACCUGGCCAGUAAGAUGACACAGCCACAAAGCAAGUCUGCUUUUCCCUUGAGUCGCAAGAACAAGGGCAGCGGAUCCAUGGAUGGCUGAGCCUUGUACUCCCUUCCCAUCCAUUGCCACCUCCUCUCCCUCGCCUCCCUGCUUCCCUUGCACAUACCUCCUGCUGAGCCUGUUUGGUGUCGCAGGGCCUGCGGGAAGCAUGGUGGCACGAGAAAUGGGCAUCCCAGGGCUGAGAACGGUCUGAAAGGAUGAGAGGUGAGCCUUGUGCUGGGUCAGGGCCUGCUCUUCUCGCUCUCCAGCCCCCCUGGAUGCUGGAGGUGCUACAGGAAAGCCGGGAUUCUCCCAUUGUUGCCCCUCUGCUCUUGGAGCGCAGGCUGGCAGGCCCGAGGGGCUGCAGAGAAGAAGGCACAGCACAGGGCUGGCCAGCAGAUGGGGAUCCGCUCCACGGCUGGGCACAGAGCAAACAAUUCCCUUUCAGCUCUGGUUUGUAUUUACUGGUACUGCGUGCAAAGAGCCCAUUUGGCGGCCCUGUCUCCAGCCCAGCGGCUGUCAGAGCAGCUCCCUUGUCCCACCGCAACCGGAGAUGCAGUGUCCUUACCUGGCAGUGCCCGUGGCUCCUUCACAUGCAGAAAUACCCUGCUUCAGGGAAAGGGUAGUGCAGAGCAGGGCAGGAUGCUGCUUAUUGAGUGCAUGAUGUCUGCAUCAACCAUGCUGCAGCUCGUCUUUUGUGGAGUGCAGACUCCAUUGUCCUCUUGGAGAAGCUGGGACUGCGCUCAGCCUGCACCCCCUGGGUGCAGCGAGGUGGGAUUUCUUCAGCACACAUCCAGCAGAGCAGCCAACACUCAGAGGCUGCGUUGCCCCUGCUGCAGGCAGAAGACAGGGAUGCUGCCGGGGAUCCUUCCAACCCAGCAUUUAGCUUUUUAGUUUAAACUAAAACACAACAAGCAUCCCACACUCUCGCUGCCCGUCUGGGUGCUCACUCUACCCUCAGAACCACCGCAAGACAGGGGAAAAGUAUCCUGGUCCUGCCCAGCAACACAUAGUCUGGAUCUAGGGAAAAGACAAAUGAUAAAGAAGCCCUGGCUUGUUCGUACUUGUUCCUUUUAUUUACUGAGUAACACAAUAAAGCGAUGAGAUUCGAUUAUCAAAAUAUUUUCCUUUUUUUUUUCCCCAACAGUUAUAGUACAUCAAAAAAAUAUACAAUGAACAUUACAGGAGGGGUACUGGCCAAGUCCCUAGAGUCUGUUUAUUCCAUUUUUGGGAGGAGGGGGGUGUUUUCUGAAUCAAACUGUUCACAUCACUCCAAGGUUAUGUACAGAGGGGCACACGUUAUUGAGCGCUAUGGACUAUGCCCUACUACCUACUACAGCAUAUGCUAAGUCAAAGGCAGUAAAUGCUUUGGAUAGUACAGGAGCAGAGAGGGAUUCCGGAGGCAGGGAUGUGGUAGAGAGGGAGGGUGUUCUUACGCAGCUCGCUGCAGUAUUAUUGUUAUUAGAAGGAAUGGCUUUCACAGGGUUAAAGUGCCAAGUGUAGGAGUGUUCAGGACCCCCUGGAGCAGCCGCUGCUGGCUCCAGCACAGGCUUUUCAGAACAAAAUGCAAGAGGAGGCCCCACCAGUGCCAGUGGCUCCUGCAGGCUGGAGCAUCACCGCAGCCUGGCACUCCUGCGGCUGGUGGGCACGCUGCCGGAGGGGACGUGCUGCCAGAGGGGAUG